AUGAGAAACAAAACCUUUUCCAUUUUAAUUACCUUCCUUGCGGUUUGCAGUUUAUCAUUCGCAUGGACCAAUCCUAUUCGAAAACCGAGUGGAAGUGACCCCUUUAUUGUGCAUACUGGUGGAUAUUACUAUCUUCUUACGACUACCUGGAGCGACAUUGAGAUAUCCCGUUCAACGACUGUGGAAGGUCUCGAGACUGCAACGAAGAAAGUGGUAUACUCCUCAACUACCUCCUCUCGAUGCUGCAAUGUGUGGGCCCCGGAAGUGCAUUACCUGGGUGACAAAUGGUACAUUUACUACACUGCCGGAGAGAGUGCCAAUCUUGAUGGACAGCGCUUACACGUUCUAACGGGCGGCACUUCCCCGUGGGACGACUACACAUACACUGGACAGUUAACAAACGAAUGGUCAAUCGACGGCUCAGUCAUUCGUUUCAACGAAUAUGGGAACUACUUGUUGUUUUCGUGUUUCCACGGAGUGACAUACCAAUCCCUAUGUAUUCAAAAACUAGGAUCGGAGUUUGUCUCUCUAACGGGGAACAUUUAUGUUAUUUCGCAACCGACUGAAUCAUGGGAGAAGGUUGGAACACCCGUCAACGAGGCCCCCGCGGCACUUUACUUUGGGGGAACUACAUACAUAUCGUACUCGGCGUCCUAUUGCUGGACUGCGAGUUAUUGCCUUGGUCUCUUAGCCUGGGAUGGCAAGACGACUCCCACUCAGGCGAGUGCCUGGUCCAAGAAAAAUGGAUGUGUGUUUGCUUCGGCGAAUAGUAACUAUGGAACUGGAAGCAAUGGAUUCUUCCAAAGUCCAGAUGGUUCACAGACUUGGAUUGUGUAUCAUGCCACCACAUCAACCUCGGGCGCCUGUGACGAUAGUAGGUAUACCAUGAUUCAAUUGCUGGGAUCGCAUAGCGAUGGCAGUCCGAACUUUGGUGUUCCGGUUCCUUGGACACAUGCCUACAGUGAGCCGAGCUGA